AUAUAUAUUUUAAGAAGACGCCCUGUACUGUGUCUUUAGUCCACGGGAAAGAAGACUGCUGUGAAGCUACUGGGAUUUCUGGGAAAACGGGAAGAAAGUUCAUUUUCAAGUUCUCAGUUCAUUUACACAUGGAAUAAACAUACACACUUCUGUAUAGCAGCAGUUGAUGGAAGAGGACUGAUGGCUGAUUGAAGAGUUGUGUAAACGAGUUUCACACAGGUACUUAAAGGAGACACCCUGCCAUUUUAGUUGAGGCCCUCACUGAGAACACAGGGAUUUAAAAAAGAUCAUUUCAACUAGAGUGAAACAUCAUCAUCUCGCUGUCUUCACACUAUAAAUCACCACAGAGGGCAAAAUGGGCAAGGGAAGAAUUCACUACUGCUCACAGUGUGGGAAGGGUUUUGCCAAGCCGAGUAUUGUCAAAAAACACAUGCGCAUUCACACAGGAGAGAAACCAUAUUGCUGUUCACAAUGUGGAAAGAGUUUUACACAAUUAAGUCACUUAAGCAUACACAAGCAUGUUCACGCUGGACAGAAGUUGCAUCAGUGCUCAGAAUGUGGGAAGAGUUUUGCUUGCAGUCGGUAUCUAAAAAAACACGAGCGCAUUCACAGAGGAGAGAAGCCUCACUGCUGUUCACACUGUGGGAAGAGAUUUGUAGAUACAAAGGAUUUAGUGGUUCACGAGCGCAUUCACACUGGAGUGAAGCCAUAUCAGUGCUCACACUGUUGGAAGAAUUUUACAAACUCAAGUGCUUUAAAAAAGCAUGAACGCAUUCACACAAGAGAGAAGCCAUAAUACUGUGUAUGCUGUGGGAAGAAUUUUGCUUAUUCAAGUUCUUUAAAAAGCCACCAUCUUGUUCACACAGAAGAUAAGCAACAUCCAUGCUCACACUGUGAGAAGAAUUUUAAACGUUUAUAAAACUCACCAGCGCAUUCACACAGGAACACAGCCACAUUACUGUAUACACUGUGGUAAGAGUUUUACACAAGUGUGUUAAAAGUUUUAAAAGUGGUUUUAAAAAAACACCAGCUUAUUCAUAAUAGAGAGGAAUGUAUUGCAUGAUCACAAUGUGGGAAGUGUUGUCCAGAUUUAAUUAAGUACAUUUAAACCGAAUAAAGAACGUUUUAAAAGACCUGAGAAGAUUUAUACAAAAAUAAAGCCAUACUAUAUACACACAGUACAUAACAUUUUCAUUAUUAUGUGUAAUAAUGCAAUGAUGUUUGAAUCUGCAAAGAUGAUUGUAGAUGAAGAUUUUCCACUGCCUGAUGAGGAGUAGGAAGACAAGGUAUACUUAAAUGAUUCAUUAUUUAGUGAAUUAGUGACUCAAAUUUUAUUGUCAGCCAUGUUUACUGUAUACUGUUUUACGUGACUUGUCCAGAAAAGUUUUACUUAAGAACAAAGUGUAUUUUUGUUUUUUUACAUUGUUCAUUUCUUAUAAACAAAACUGUUAUGUUCCAACCUUCACAGACUCUAGUCUCUACUUUCCUGCUAAGCUAUAGCCACUGCUCAAUUGGCCAAGUGAUGCCACUUCUGUCUCAUCGCUGGCUAACUCUUACUCAUUCCACUCCACCUUAAAUACAAAAACCCUUGCCUUUCCUGAAUCUGGGUAGCCAAAGCCUAGCCCUUUUCGAGGGACUAAGCUUUGUUUUUUUCCUGUCACACAAAGUUCCCCAUGUAAAACAUAUAAUGGCGGAGAAUGCAGGCACUGUCAAUGAAGCCUUGAAGACAUGGUAGAUGUGCAAGAUUCCGUGAAUUAGUGACUCAAAUUUUAUUGGUUGUCAUGUUUGCUGUGUACUGUUUUAAUCAACGCAUGUAUUCACUUGUCCAGAAAAGAAUCACUUCAGGAGAAAAUGAAGUUUUGUUUUUUACUUCGAUAAUUUCUUCUUUAAAAAAAAAAAUGUUAUGAAAACCCUUUUGGUGGUUUUGGGGGACUAAACUAGGAAGAUCUUUGUUCCUAUUCCUGUCUCACAAAGUCCCCCAUGUAAAACAUAUAAUGGUGGAGAAUGCAGCACUGUCUAAGAAGCUCUCAGAGUUAAAACAAUGUAAAUCCACCUUGUAAAUAAUGUAACCCAGUCACAAUUUUUAUAAAUUGUUUAUUACUUGGUGAUUAUUUGUGUAUUCCUUUAAUUUUUAAUAUAUUCAGUAAAACGUUACGGUAGUUACAUAGGUGGCAUUUAACUUAAAUGUGUGGGAAAUAAUUGUUUUAACGGUUCCCAGGGACAUAUUCAGUGGAAAGUUUUAACUGUGUUAUCGAUGGACUCUGCUCAGCCAAUCAGAAUCCUGUGAGGCGGGCAGGUGCUGCGCACGGAGACGGAGGUAAGGAGGACACGAGAGAGGAAAACAUGCUAGAGAUGACAGAGGAAAAAAUAAAGCAGAGAUAGAUAUUCACUUUGUAUGUUUCUAGACAUCUGGACUGGGCAGCUGAAGGCUUCAUACUCAGUGUCAUGAUCCAAUAUCCAGAGUUUCUAUGCUUGCAGACUUUUGAGAGAUCACUGACUCUUCUGGAGGACUUAUAGUUACAUAUAGUUGAGUUCCUCACACACAAGACUGCUGUGAAAUCACUGGGAUAUUUUGAAGAAAAAAAAAAAAAAUAAUAAUUCAACUAGAGGAAAACGUCAUCGCCUGGCUGUCUCCACAAUAUAAAUCACCACAGAGGGAUUUGUGCAGAAUGGACAAGGGCAGAAUUCACUACUGCUCACAGUGUGGGAGGAGUUUUGCCAAGCUAAACAUUCUCAAGCAACACAUGCGCAUUCACACAGGAGAGAAGCCAUAUUGCUGUUCACAAUGUGGAAAGAGUUUUACACAAUUAAGUCACUUUAAAACACACCAGCACGUUCACACAAGAGACAAGCUGUAUCAGUGCUCAGAGUGUGGGAAGAGUUUUGCUUGCAGUCAGUAUCUGAAACAACAUGAGCGCAUUCACACAGGAGAGAAGCCUCAUUGCUGCUCGCACUGUGGGAAGAGUUUUAGAGUCAAAAUCGAUUUAAAAAUUCAUGAGCGCGUUCACACAGGAGUGAAGCCAUAUGAGUGCUCAUACUGUUGGAAGAGUUUUACGCAGUUAUGUACUUUAAAAGCUCACCAGCGCAUUCACACAGGAGAGAAGCCAUUCCAGUGCUCACACUGUGGAAGGAGUUUUAGACGGUCAUGUGAUUUAAAAAUUCACCAACGCAUCCACACAGGAGAGAAGCCAUAUCAGUGUUCAGAGUGUGGGAGGAGUUUUACACAGUCAUAUGUUUUAAAAAAGCACAAACACAUUCAUACAAGAGACAAACCCUAUCACUGCUCACACUGUGGGGAAAAAUUUAUGUAUUCAAGUGCUUUAAAAAUUCACCAGCGCAUUCACACAGGAGAGAAUCUGUAUCACUGCUCACACUGUGGGGAAAAAUUUACAGAUUCACGUGCUUUAAAAAUUCACCAAAGCAUCCACAGAGGAGAGAAACACUAUUACUGCUUAUACUGUGGGAAGAAUUUUGCGUGUUCACGUUUUUUAAAAAAACACCAACUCGUUCAUACAGAAGAUAAACCACAUCAUUGCUCACACUGUGGGAAGGAUUUUAAACAUUUAAAUGAUUUAAAAACUCACCAGCGCAUUCACACAGGGGCAAAGCCACAUUGCUGUUCAUACUGUGGAAUGAGUUUUACACGGUCAAGUGAUUUUAAAAGCCACCAGCGCCUUCACACAGGAGAAAGGCCGUAUCAGUGCUCACACUGUGGGAAGAGUUAUACACAUUCAAGUGCUUUAAAAACUCACCAAUGCAUUCACACAGGAGUGAACCAUAAUUGUUCAUAAUGUGGGAAUAGUUAUACAUAUUUAAGUGAUCACCAGCUUUUUCGCAAUAGAGAGAAAUGCAUUGCUGGUGACAAGGUUUGAAGAGUUGUACAAACUUAAUAUUAUUUUCAUUUAAACUGAACAUACAGUUUAAAAAAAAAAAAAGCAUCAGCAAAAGAGAAGCCAUGCUAUAUAGACACAGAAUAUAUAUAUAUAUUCAUUAUUCAUUCACAUGUUGGUAGAUGCUUUCCACUGCCUGAUGAGGAGUUGCAAGACAUUACCAUUUACUUACAAAAUUGAGUAAAUUAGUGACUCAAAUUUUAUUG